AUGCAUUUAUUGGGAUAUAUUUUCACAGUUUGUAGCUUAUUUUCAGUCGCCAUCUCGCACAGUAUUAAUUUGGCAGCUCAUGGGAGGGAAUGCUUCUAUGAGGAUCUUCAUCGCGAUGAUAAAAUGGCUGUCACGUUUCAAGUAGGCGAUAGAGAAUUUGGUGGUGCAGGCAGUCUUCACAUUGACUUUUGGAUUGAAAAUCCAGUGGGAGGCUAUCAGACACAUCAAAAAUCUGUUGCAAACGGUGACUAUUCAUUUCGUGCCGAACAUGACGGUAGGUACCCUUACUGCUUUAGCAAUGAGCAUUGGUCGGCGGCAAGCAAAGAGGUUUCAUUCAAUGUACAUGGUGUCGUGUAUGUAUCGGAGCCAGAGCACCCAUCUGAUCCACUUGAAGCUGAAGUACGCGAACUAUCGAGUCUCUUAUCGCAAGUGAAAGACGAACAAUCAUACAUUGUUCUUCGCGAAAGGACCCACAGGAAUACUGCUGAAAGCACCAACUCGAGAGUCAAAUGGUGGAGUAUAUUUCAGAUGGCGGUAUUACUCGGAGAAGGUAUAUUUCAAGUAUGGUGGCUUAAGAGAUUUUUUGAGGUGAGCAGAAACCUAAUCUACCCCAGCUCUUGUUCAAUUCUCUGA